UCGUGAACUCAGUCCGGUGACGUACCGCUCACCAGAAAUUAGACUGAAGAGAUUUGGAGGGCAAGAGAGCCGAUGGAGAGGGAGAGGAAGAGGGAGACGUUGAUCGGGUCUUCACCGACUCUGCUGUCUGCAGCAGGCAGUAAUUCGCCUUCUCCUCCCAGGAGAUAAGAAUGGUCCGUCACGAGGAAGCGUAUCAGAGCGCGCUUGUGUAAAUUGUGUUCCACAGGUAAUGGUUAAGAUCGGUAAUGGAGAGAUGGCCAUGGCGUUGAGUUGUCGGUAAUACGCUGAUACCCGUAGGAGCUGGAGGAUUGGGGAGGUGGGGGAGAGAACGAUCAGAGAGAGAAAAAAGAGGGAGUGGAAUUUGUCCGACUACCGACUGACGGCGCGCGGAGAGGAACGAGCAGAGGGGUGGGCACUGUAGGUGCUGGAGCUGCACUAUCUAGUUGAGGCCCUGUGUGAACUGGCGACUGCAUCUGGACCUUGAGAAGGCGGAGAGAUACACGCCCGCAGCCCUUUUCGCGGAUGCAGCGUGGGGGAGCGGGGCCCUCAAGCUGGUGGAUCACGCACGCCAGGUGUCUCUCGUCCUCGUCCAUCCUUUCCUAGAUAAGUAAUGGCGGAUCGUGCGCGCCAGGUGUUUCUCGUCCUCGUCCAUCCUUUCCUAAAUAGGUAAUGGCGGAUCGCGCGCGCGCCAGGCGACGUGCGAACUCCUGUACGAUUAAUCACUGUCGCCAGCAGGACCGCAUUAAGUGAUGACGUCAUCAGUUGUCAUCUGGAACUCGUUGUAGGUGGAAUGAUGUUAGCGGCGGCUGCAGCUUGGAUGCCUCGCUGCACGCUGUUGCGCGUUCACGACGGCGCCAGUCACUGGCAUGCGCCACGUCGACCUUGAAGGUCCUCUUUGAUCUCUUGAGGAAGAGGAAGGGGGCGAGGGGUUAUGAAAUGAGCUUGCGUUGAAAAAAAGAAGAAAAGAACAUGAACGUGAGUGAAGAAUGAAGACGAGGAUGGCGAUUAUGCGGGCGACGUCCGUGGGAAAAGAACAGAAGUGGACAGAUCAUUCUGCCGAUCUCUUCGUGUCAGCGCGGGCUACAUUUAUCAUCAUCCUUUGUCUGUUGUCUCCCUCUCAAGUCGAGAGUCAUUACUCUCUAAUCUGGGGAGCACGGGAUGCGAGGAAGGAGCGCAUGGAGAUUGUCCACGUGCGGCACGUCUCAGCGUCGGUCCGUGGACAUCGCGGCCACGUUCAUCCUCCAGCCCAGGAAACUCUUGUCGAUGCCUUCGCUAUCGAUCUUAGCCAUGCAACGACGAGAAUGAAGGGGCAAUCCCAGUCUAUGAGGGCAGUUGGAGCGGGUACCGAUCUGCGUAAUUCGCGGAAUGAGGAGGGUGGGGAAGGGGAGGAUACCGGAACGAGGGUCGGCAUUCCCGAGGCGAUCUGCAGGCUUGGGCGGGUGGAGGCUCGGCAACUGCGCUGGAGGGAGCUGGUUUGGGGUGGCCUGAGUGUUAAUGUGAAGGGGGCUGUUCUUUUCCCGCAUCCCUUGGGGGCAAGCAUCUUGUCGGAGGAUAGUAUUAGUGCCGUACCCUCCAGUGCAAAGGGGGAGAGCCGAAAGGAGGAGGAGGAGGAGGAGGCAUGUCCAGCAGUUGAAGGCGGCGCUGAGGGAGUAAGUGGAAAAUGGGAGAAAGUGGUGGAGUGUGAGAGAUCGAGUCGGGCUGCAGCUGUUGACAACGCCGAUAAUAGAGUGAUCGUGAAGAUCGGAACCGUUGAUGCCGCGGAAUGCAUGGCCCAUAGCCCUCGCCGUCAGCACUCGAAGGGUGUGAAUAUGACGAUUCUGUGUGAGGUGGAUCUGCACAUGCGUUCAGCUAGGGGAGAUGGAGAGGGAGGAGGUGGUGGUCGUUUUGCUGUGGAGGAUCAUGCGGAAGAAUCCCUGACUUAUUCGCGAGAGGCUGUAGGUUGCGAGUUCAAUGUACAAUGGGAUGAGUACGGGUAUUGCGUCUGUGCGACGAUGAUAGAAGCGACAGAUCUUGCUGCCUCUGGAAAGGGAGAGCAAGGAGGAGGAGGAGGAGCAGUACGUGGAGGAGGCCCAUCGGCUAGCAUGGCGGCCGUGCAGCUUCCUUUGAUCGGAGAUCGGUUGCCUUCGAUGAUGGAGGAAGAAGAUGAUGACGAAGAAGGAUGGGGGGGAUCAACGACAAGAGGGAGAAGAGGAGAAGACGAUGCCUCGGCGAAUAGCAACCCAGGAGGGUCGGUGCUUGAAAGGGCGGCGGCCAUGGGGAAUCGACGAUCGAGGAAAGAUGAUGGAGGCGGGGCAAGGGGUGCUGUCGGCAAGGUCAGGCUCUCUGUGGACGUCAGCGUUGGGGUGUCGUCCGUCGGUAUUCUCUGCUGGUGUGCGGGGCUGUUGCUGCUUGCUUGCGCGGAACCUCUCUCCCGAGUGCAUGCCAUGCACAUCGUUUUCGGCGGUCUCUCCGCUGCCGGUAUUGCGCAUAUGCUGUCUAUGGUGGCCAUAGCCGCUGUACCUGGUGUCGUCGUGGCUUUGCCUUGGGUUGCUGCUUUGUCAGUUUACCGGCUUGGGCUAUUUGAAGCCCUGGCGAUGCUUGUGGCCUGCUACGUGUAUAUGUUCGCGAUGGCGCUAGUGCUUCUUUACCUUUACACGACACAUUUUAACUACAUCCAAGCGCUGUACUUGUUUGUGGUGAUUAAUGCCGCCGUGGAUGGAGCGCUGCGCGCGGAAGCGUCGUCGUCGGCGGUGGAUACAGCAGGGAACGGCGGAAGCAGCGGGGGAGGGGGGAGCAUCUCCGCCGCCACAGAUGCGAUUGGCCGGGCUGUGGAUCAGAUUGCGCAAGAGGAUGGGGGAUCGACAGCAGGUGGGAUUUUCGCGGGUUUCUUCGGCGAAGGAAAUUGGCUAUUCGGUCACCUCUUUAGCUUCGGCGGCGGCGGCGGCGGCGGCGGUGGUGGUGACGGUGGGCGUGGGGGAGGAGACCCUGGCGGCGGAUUCGCAUCUGGGGGGGAAUGGGCGGAAACGCUGAUCAGCAGCCUGCCGUACUUCGGUGCAGGAGCGGGCGGAACGGCGACGACGGGCACGAUGAGUGUCUUGAAACGGUCGGUUUUCUUGACAUUUUUAGUCGGAGGCGUCACUCUCCUUCUCACGACUACCAAUGUGAAUUUAUAUGCUAUAGUCGCUCGAAGCCACGUGUCGCAUCUCCCCGUCUGGAUGGCUCUCUUCUUGGCCUCCUCCCCUGCUUUGCUUCUCGCCGGAUUGGAGAUACAUUGUCGUUUGCUGUCUUGCACGCUGAUCGCGUUUACCGGCUUGCCUGGUUUGAUCCUACAGCUUGGAUCGGACGGCCUUGAUUGGUUGAGAGGGCGACUGGGCUUCAUCAUUCCGGGCCAUAUGCGCCACGGGGCCAGUCGUUACAAUAUGCGCUCGUUGCGGCGUGUCUUCUACUCUCACGUCUUGGAGGAGGAAGAGAGUGGGGAGACGGGUCGACGGACGCGGCGAUGGGGGCACGAUGGAGAACGAUGCCAGUCACAGUCACGGGGAGGUUUUCGAAAUUGUGCUUUGGCAUGGCGUCUGCUGGGCGUCGGUGGGAGCAGCUCGAAACGGAAGAGAAUGCCCUCUUGUUUCGUCUUUUUGAGGAAGUUUCAGCGAUGGUGCCUUUAUUUGGUCGCGGGUGUGGACCCCCCCGUUGAGGGGGAGCCGUUGAGGACCCGCAUUGGCAGGAGUCUGGAGAGCUGGUGGAAGGUGCACGUCAACAGUAAUUCUAGACAUGCAUCGGCGAGGCGGCGACGACACGUGUCGCAUCCUCGUGAAGCGACGACGGGCGGCGGGUCGUCUUUCUCAUCUGCGAUGCAUCAGCAUGACGACGACGACGACGAAGACAGCUUCUCCUCUGAUCCGACGUGGAAUCUGUCUAUGGUGGAGGAAGAGGAGGGAGAAGAGCAAAGCGGUGGUACCGGCCGAGGGUGCAAUCGAGGCUAUGGUGCAGCAGGCGCAGGAUCCUCAAUGAGCCGAGGAUCGGGGAGGGGAGAGGAAGAAGAAGAGGAGGGCGUGGGGCCGUCGACUUGCAGGAUGUUGCAGGGAGGGAGAGGGAGACGAGAGUUGACGAUCGGAGGCGGGGGGAGAUCACAGAGUGUGGGGACCACCACAAGGAUAUACUCCGGCAGAGGAGCAAGGGGCGGCAUGGGUGAUGUGUACGAUACCGCCUGUAGCUCGAGGUUGAUUGAUGGAUCAGGUGGGAGUUGUGAGAAAAGCGACGAAGGGUUUAAUAAUGAUGAUCAUGAUGAUAACGCUGAGCAAGAUGAUGAGGACGAUCGCAGAUACUAUGAAUAUGUGACCGACGAAGAUGAUGGCUCAGAUCAGGCAGGAGAGAGAGCGCAAGAGUGGGACUGGAUGGUGGCAGAGGGGUUGACUCCCGGAUAUCAUUCUGGGUUUGCCAUGGUCGUCCAUGGUUGGGUAAUCGUACGUUGCAUAUGGGCUCUGUUCAGUGAGCGCCGUGAGGUUGUGAAGGUGCUGAUGAAUAACCAGAUGGUUGUUGUCAACGCUAAUUCUUCGUGCUAUCAUCAUCAUCGCUGCAUCAGCCUGAUUGGUCUCAGCACGGGUAUCAGGAAGAAUAGCCUUAAGCACGGGUAUCAGGAAGAAUAGCCUCGACUCCUUUUCCUCCUACAAGGUCCUUGUUGGUGCAGCUAGAGGAUAGAGGAGAGCAGGAGGUGUGCUGAUGGAUAACCACAUGGCUGUUGUCAACGGUAAUUCUUCGUGCUAUCAUCAUCGCUGCACCAGCCUCAUUGGUCUCAGCACGGGUAUCAGGAAGAUAGCCUUGCCUCCUCUUCUCUUCUCUCUUCCUACACGGUUCUUGCUUGUGGAGCUAGAGUACGAUUACACGGUAUCAGGAGGAUAGAGUAGAGCACGAAAGAGCGCCCCAAGUACGAUUACAGUUCAUACUAUAUAGUAGUGCUCGCAUUCUCUCUUUUCUCAAUUCUCUUAUCUGUUUUUCCGCCCCUCCUGAUGAGGCUUAUGUUGUUGUAGGCGUCGGAUACUUGUGUGCCACGUCGGCUUGACAUGUUGGGGGGGGGGAGUCUUUACCGUUCGACAGUUAGGUGGAGUGGAUAGCGGUGUCGAUGAGGGGGGGAGAGUUAAGAGGUGAUGGAAAAACGGGCGGUUUGUAAAUGCGCUCAACAGGGAGAUUGUAAUUUUGAGCGAACAGUGUGUGCGGGAGUGUGUGGCAGACUUAAAGAGAUUCAUUUUGUCGACUUCGACGCGUGUUGAGUGUACAGAGAGCUUUGUUUUCCUUUGAUUGACUGCACCGCAUUUUUGACAAGUAAUCAAAGCUUUUGGCGAAUCCGUUUUUCGCAGCGCGUUCUCGCGAAUGCAUAGGGAAUUAAGUGGGCGUUCGUAUUCGGCUGGCUGCUCUGCCUUCGCGGGAAGCGUGCUGUCAUAUGAUUCCACACAACGGUCCUUCCUCUUCUUGGAAAAACUAAAUCCUCGCUCGCUGUAAUAUCGCUUGUUCUUUUUGAUAACUAGACAGGAGAGGGAAAUAGUCUUGUUUCUUGCUGUCGGUAGUGCUUCCGCCCUGAGUCUACGAAUGGGCAUGGCUUAGGUCUGUGUGCACACGAGAGGCAGAGGCAGAGGGAAAGGAGAGAGAGAGAGAGAGAGAGAGAGAGAGAGAGAGAGUUGUGCGUGUCCAAAUUACAUAAAAGAAACAGGAGAUGAUGUGGGUGGAUUGGAUUGGGUAAGGAGGAGAUUAGAUGGAUUCAGUGUGUGUGUGUGGGGAGAGAGAGAGAGAGUUGUGUGUGUUCGAAUGACAUGAAAGAAACAGGUUUUGGAACGGAAAAUGCAAGAAUCUAUCCCUUAUCCAGUCAGGUUUUGUCUUUUUGUUCUGUUUUCCUCCCGGUUCUCCUUCACGUCAUACCACACGCUGGUCAAACAUGGGGGUACUGUAUAUGGGGAAGAGAACACCAGCCUGCCAUGAUGUUUCUGGUGCUCGCCGUCUGUUUUCAUGUCGGUCACAAUUCCGUUCGAAAUACAUGGCAUAGGAAGUGAGGGAACAACAUUCUGCCAUGAAUUUUCUGGUCCUCACCCUCUACUCACAAUUCCACGAGUAAUACAUAGCAUAGGUGUAAUACGGGAACUGCAAUUCAUGCCUCAUGUAGUGUGUCUGUCUCUUUAUCGAAUUUGCUUACUAGGAGUCUAGGAUUUGUAGUCGGACUGAAAUGAAGGCAAAGUUUCGUU